GGGGCUCGGUGUAGCUGGAAAGGCGACUUCUGGUGGACAGCCCACUCCUACAUGUAGGCACAGAGGUCGCGGAGGAGAAGAAACCCACCGCUUCAUGUUCUUAAUCAGCCUCAAUGUAGCUUCACUCGAUUCUGUCAAAGCUGCAUGAUUAAACGAAAGGAGAUUAUGACUGAAAACACCUGGGUGCGGCACACUUUAGAGGAAAAGGUUUCGCUCUGCCGGAGGUCGUACGCAUUUUUGCCUUUUGUAUUUCCUUGCUGAAUGUCGUGGACAUUUUGGAUUUUUUUAAUGCUUUUGUGACAUUAAGUCUUACCAAUUAAGGACCAUUUUUUCCCCUCUUCUCUUCGGUUAGUUAGUUUGAGUAACAUCUGGAAGGUAAAUACUUUAAAGUCUGAAAACAACUGGGGGACGACAACGUUUAACAACUUGAGGACGGCUUGCUGAGGAGGCUGUGCGUACUGGGCCAGCUUCGAGUUGCUCUUUAAGUGGGCAACAUUUAGCUAGCUGCUAACACUAGCACAACCCUAUUGAACUACCCUCAAGCAAAACUGUGAAACUAGCUAAUGCCCACCUCUUGACAUAUUUUUUUGGAUAUAGUAGCACCCUGCCCUUAACCUGGACAUCAUUAAAUGAGACGCUGACUCCACAGUAAUUUAGAUAAGCAAAUUGUUGCUGUUGGAUCUGUCAUCCACUGGGAUCCAGGCGCUUGAGUCCUAAAUGACAAGUGCCUGAGGAUGUCCAAGCGGAGCUUAUUUGUUCGUCUGGUGCCGUGCCGCUGCUUGCGGGGUGAGGAGGAGGCAGUAACAUCGCUGGACUACUCCCACUGCAGCCUGGAGACUGUUCCUAAGGAGAUCUUUAGCUUUGAGAAGACCCUGCAGGAACUCUACCUCGAUGCCAACCAGAUCGAGGAGCUGCCUAAACAACUGUUUAACUGCCAGUUACUCCACCGACUGAGCAUGCCAGAUAAUGACCUAACAGUUUUGCCAGCAGCAAUCGCAAACCUCAUCAAUCUCAGGGAGCUUGAUGUCAGCAAAAACAGUAUCCAGGAGUUUCCAGAAAACAUUAAGAAUUGCAAAGUCCUGGCUAUUGUAGAAGCCAGUGUGAAUCCCAUAUCCAAGCUCCCAGAAGGCUUCACCCAGCUUCUAAGUCUGACGCAGCUCUACCUGAAUGAUGCCUUUCUGGAGUUCCUACCAGCCAGCUUUGGCAGGUUGACUAAACUACAGAUCUUGGAGCUGAGGGAGAACCAGUUAAAGAUGUUGCCAAAAAGCAUGCACAAGCUCACGCAGCUGGAGAGGUUGGACCUGGGGAGUAAUGAGUUUACUGAAGUGCCUGAGGUGUUGGAGCAGCUGACUGGAAUCAAGGAGCUGUGGAUUGAUGGGAACAGACUGACGUUUUUACCUGGGAUGCUGGGGACGCUAAAACAGCUCGUAUACCUGGAUGUGUCAAAAAACAACCUGGAGAUGGUAGAUGAGCAAAUAUGUGGCUGUGAAAGUCUGCAGGACCUCUUGCUUUCCAACAAUGCCCUCACACAGCUGCCAGGCUCCAUCGGGUCACUGAAGAAACUGACUGCACUGAAAGUGGAUGAGAACCAGCUGAUGUACUUGCCUGACUCAAUUGGAGGGCUGGCAUCUUUGGAUGAGCUGGACUGCAGUUUCAAUGAGAUCGAAGCCUUGCCCUCUUUCAUCGGCCAGUGUGUCAGCAUACGCACAUUUGCUGCAGAUCACAACUUCCUUACCCGGCUUCCCCCUGAGAUGGGCAACUGGAAGAAUGCAACUGUGCUGUUCCUUCAUUCCAACAAGCUAGAGUCUUUGCCUGAGGAGAUGGGUGACAUGCAGAAGCUCAAGGUCAUCAAUCUCAGCAACAACAAGUUAAAAAAUCUUCCCUACAGUUUCACUAAACUGAACCAGAUGACUGCAAUGUGGCUGUCUGAAAAUCAGUCAAAGCCCCUGAUCCCUCUCCAGAAAGAGGAGGAUCCAGAGACACACAAAACUGUGUUGACCAACUACAUGUUCCCCCAGCAAAUCAGGACUGAGGACUACAUUCCCAACUCUGACUCUGAAAGCUUCAAUCCAGCUCUCUGGGAGGAACAACGCAAGCACCGAGCUCAGGUGGCCUUUGAGUGUGACGAGGACAAGGAUGAGAGAGAAACACCCCCAAGGGAGGGAAACCUGAAGCGCUACCCUACACCAUACCCAGACGAGCUGAAGAACAUGGUGAAGACAGCCCAGACUGUGGCUCACAGGUUGAGGGAGGAUGAAUCGAGUGACGAGUCGGGGAAAGAUGCAAAACCAAUUGAGAGGAACCACAUUGGAGUGCAGGACGUGGGAGUUAAGGUGAUAGAGGCCCCCUGUCCUAACGGCAUGGCAUCAGACGUGGACCCCCAAGUAUCUACCAACACAUACCCCCCUGCCCCUGAAUCGAAAGACACUUCAGAGUCUUACAGCUCUCAGAAAGUCCCACUCAAAUCUUCAGGGGGCUCUAUGAUGAACCACGAGGACACACUGGAGGAUUCUGACGAGCUGUCUGAUGAAGAAGAGGAGAUGAAAAUUGCAGAGAUGAGACCCCCUCUUAUCGAGAUCUCCAUCAACCAGCCUAAAGUAGUGACUUUAAGUAAGGACAAAAAAGAUGAUGCAGACUCUUUGCUGGAUGAGACAGUGGCCAACAGCAACCAGAACAACAGUAACUGUUCAUCGCCAUCACGAAUGUCUGACUCAGUGUCUCUGACCACAGACAGCAGUCAGGACAACUCUCUGUGCACCCCGGAGAGAGAGGCAAAGAUGCCCUUCCUACCAAAAAGCCGGCAAGAUGAGAAUAUGAACCAGCCUAAAGACUCCACCCCUCUCCUCCAUAAUGGCAAUGGCUCUGAAACGUCCCUUCAGGCCCUUUUGAAAACCCAGCAGACCCCGCCAGAGAAAAUGGGUGACUACGACCUUUCCAUGGAAGCCAGACUGGCCUUCAUUGAGAAGGGAAUUAACAACGGCAUGGGAGAAACCUACACCAAGUGGGACCAGAUAAAUAUGAACGUGUCCAAGUUGCCAACCGACAACAUGGUUCAGUUGGAUGAGGUGGACAAAACCAAGAAUGGUUCAGUAACCCAGGAGGACUUUGACAGCAAGCAGGGUUUUAGCAAUAACAACAUGGAGCAUUUUCUGAAUGGAAACCAGCAGGUCAGUGACUUCAUCAAUAGUCUCGGGGACAAAAGCCAAGCGAUGAGAGUAGAGACAUCUGCUGCGCAUGUGGCCUCGACAGGCGUGACAGCCAGCAGUGACAUGUCUUUGUCUCGCAGCACAGAGGAACUGUCUCCAGAGAAAAGGUGCAGUGCCCCGCAGGUGAUGAAGUCUCACAGUGUCAGCAACAUAGAAACAGGGGGCUUGAAGCUAUACUCCUUUGAUGGGGACAGUGACUCCUAUGACACAGCAGGAACGACUAGGAUGGCAGGAGCCGGCCCAGGGCCAGGAGCUCAGGGCCAGAGCAUAGUCAGGAGCAAGUCAGCCAGUCAGUUACUCAACGACCAGACACUCCAGGUCUACCCCAGCUCCUCUGCAUCUUCCUCCGACCUUCUCUCCUCCUCUAAGCCCCCUGCCAGCACCAGCAGAUAUCCAGUUUCCUCCAGCAUGGCCAUGGGCAUCCCUCCUCCUCAGUACAAUAUACAGUACACAAGUAGUGCCAUGCCUAAAGAGGGCCUCUGGACCCAGAGGACGCCCAUGCCCCCAGAGCACCAAGGCUACCUCCCUCCUCCUCCACACUCUCUAGCCAACACCAACUACUCCAACCGCAAUCAGGCACCUCCCUACCCUCUACAGCACCAGCAAAGGGGGCAUCCCAUGGGUCCCAAACCAUCGGGGGACAUGUGGACUAAAGAGAGACAUCAUUCUACUGGAGGCCAGUCUAGAAGCAGCACACUGCAGAGGCAAAGUAGCACCGCCUCCACAGCCUCCAUGGGCGACCCGAGGCGCAUGCAGGUACCUGACGGGGAAUACAUGACGUACAGGGACAUUCACACCCUGGCCAGGGGGCCGCUGGCCAUGAGCCAGGCCAUGCAGAGGCCCCUCUCAGCUCGCACUUACAGCAUCGAUGUACCCGGAGCUUCCAGGCCUCUCAGCACCAAGCCGCAGCCCCACGAGCUUCCAGAGAGGACCAUGUCUGUCAGCGAUUUCAACUACCAGCACAGCAGCCCCAGCAAGAGGCCCAACACCAGGGUGAAGUCUGAGCACUCACUGCUGGAAGGGCCUGGACAGGUGUCAGGAGGAGUUGGAGCAGGAAGGGUGCCAGCUGACUGGAGAGACCAGGUGAUGCGUCACAUCGAGGCCAAGAAAAUUGAAAAGAAUGUGCUGUCUCGCUCCUAUAAUUCCAAUAAUGCUCCGCUGAGCUGGUCUCACUACAGCAGCUGUAGGGAUAUGCAUGCCAGCCAAGGGUCUCUGGUUUUUAGUUCCAGGGACGGACAGUCCUACGGAGCUCUGGGCUUCUGUGAUGAUGUGUUUGGUCCCCAAGGGCAGCAGAGCUACACCAUGGACCCCCACAGAAAAGUGCCUUUGAUGAAUGGUCAAAUGGGCCCUUCUGUUCGUCCUCAGAUGAGCCAGGCGACCAUGGCCCGCCACCCUUCCAGAGAGCAGCUCAUUGAUUACCUGAUGCUCAAAGUCUCCCAUCAGCCCCAGGGGCCCCCACGCAUCCCGCAUGACACACUGCAAGAGAUCCGUGUGAAAUUGGAGAAGAAUCCAGAGCUGGGUUUCAGUAUAUCAGGAGGAGUGGGAGGCCGGGGAAAUCCCUUUCGUCCAGAUGACAAUGGUAUAUUUGUGACAAGGGUUCAACCUGAGGGACCAGCAUCCAAGAUUCUUCAGCCUGGAGAUAAAAUUAUCCAGGCAAAUGGAUACAGUUUUGUGAAUAUCGAUCACGGGAAUGCAGUGGCCCUCCUGAAGACAUUUCCAAACACUGUGGAUUUGACUAUCAUAAGAGAAAUGCAAGCAUAGACUCCACUGAAACUGACCUCUGAAGAGGGGGGGACACAAGAGAGACGAACUGAGAAAUUUAUGUGGACUCUCAUAUUUUUAUACACAGAGGAGACUGAUCUGUUCACCUGUUGGGACUAUUUAUAGUAGAGAGAUCUUCAUAGCCUUGAUUGAACGGGGAAAACCACUGAAUGUAGUGGAUCAAAGUGAGACAGCGGCAAACCUCUGCAAGUAAGAGUCCUCAAAAGGCCAUCACUGUGGUAUAUAUAUUUUUAUACAAAAGAAGCGGAAGGUGUGACCUGCUCUGAAACAAAUAAUUACUGUGGUCUAUCCAGAUCAUCUUUUUUGUUUUUAGUCCAAAACUCAUAAAUCCUUUAUCAUAAAUUACGUUUUAUUUCUGCAGUUUGGCAUGAAUUGACCACUUGGGGGCAGGGCUCCCUCUCUACUGUCGUCCAAUUUGCCUUUUGUUUUGUUUUGGGUUUUUUUUUUUUUGUUGUUGUUUUUUUUUUUUACUUUUUAUGUAAGAUGUUGAAACCAUUUUCUGGUCUGCCGGGCGAUCUUAUAUGGAGGACAAUGUUACGUGCUUUUCAUGUGGAGACGAAUGUAGAUCAAGGAGGUGUUUGAUUUUGUUUUUUUGGAGAGACAUUUUUUUUGUUUGUUUGUUUCUUUCUCCUGCGAAAUCUGAGAGUUGAGAAGAGGAAAUCAUCCACCCCUACUUCCAUAAACCUGUGAACACCCUCCAUCGUACAGACACUUCUGUCCUCAGUUCCUCCCAAAUAUCUUCACAGCACCUGCUCGGCAUAUCACCUAACAGGAGCACUACCUGUACCACUCCCUGUCCUUAGCAAUAUAAACGAAUCACAGCUUUUCAGAGGUUGAAGAAAUGCAGUUAAUGAGACUAGAAAAUGGAAAGGAAAUUCAAAUAUUGGGGAAAUGGGAGAGGAGAGAUGUAGUAUGUGUUUGAGAAGAUUGAAGCACUAGCAGCCGGCAAGCUAGCUUGUAUAGACUGGAAACAGAGGGAAACGGCUAGCAUGGCUCUGUCAAAAGAUAAGAAAAUCCACAUACCAGCAUCUCUAAAGCCCGCUAAUUAAAAUAUGUCUCCUUCGGUUAAUACGUAAUGUAUUAACUGGGGGGGGGGGUUUAAUUUAUAUGCCGGACUUCCUGGAACUUCAGCUGGUUGCCAGGCAACGGCUGAGUGUCAAGAAAUAGCACAUAACUCAGUAAAACGUCUAAUUGUCCGUUUUGUACCUCGGUUUUUGUAUGUAUUAAACAAACGAGAUAAAACAUGUUAAUUAGUAAAAAAUUUAGAGGUGCUGGAAAGUGGAUUUUGUUACCUUUUGGACAGAUCCAGCUUGUUAGCUGUUUUCCCCUGUCUCCAGCCUUUGUGCUAACCUAAGCUAACGUUACCCAGCUGCUGGCAGAGGCCUUAUAUUUAACGGACAUUUAUAAGAUUGGUAGCUAUCGAUCAUCUCCGAUAUUUUCCCACCACAAAGCGAAUACACAUAUUUCCCAAAAUGUCAAAACCAUUCCUUUUAAGCAUAGAAAGAUAUUGGCGGUUAUGCUAGUUAACCAAAGCAAGUUUGGAAUUGUGGACAGAAGGCAAAAGCAGGAGACAACAAAGUUAUUUGAAUGGCAGGUCAAUGUUUCACUUGUGUUUUUUAUUUUCUAAGGGCUUCAUCUUUCAGGCAGCCAUUGGUGAGAUGAUUGUUUGUAUCAGAGGGGUUUCAACAUCUGGAAGUUUUAUUUUUUACAUGGGAGAAGACCACAGUUUGCCUUUUUGUGUCUAAAAUGUUUUAUCAUGCUUUUUAUCAUCACUUUGGAGCAUUUUCUCAAUCUGUCUUUUCUUUUUUUUCUCCUCGCUGUACAGAGAGUAGAGUUGGGAGAAGCAAGUUGUCAAGUGCCAUAGACCUUGAACUGUUUGAAUAGGGGAGGACCUUUGACCCCAGAGCCCAAGCAAUAUUCACAUAUUCACAACCUUCUGAGUACAUUUGCAGCAUAAUGGCUUAAAAGCAAUAUUUAAAGCCUUUAUUUUCAUUCAGAAAAACAUCAGAUAGCAUUUUUUUUUAAACACAACCUUUUAGUAAUCCCUGAUGACUUUUACAUGAUUUUUAUAUUGUGAAAAGAACCUUUUUUGUAAUGAAAUAGCACAGGAAAUAUAUAUAUGGUAGUGCUAAAAAAAAAAGAUUUCUCUGCAUUGUGUAAAAGUGAAUGUUUGUGUCACUUUGCCCAAGGCUUUUUACUGUUUGUUGCUUAGAUUACCAUAACUCCUGAUGUUCAUCUGUGCAAAAUAAUCAGCUUACGCUGUUGAAAAAUGAAUCCAGUCAAAGCUGCAUCUCACAACAUUCCUAAUGUUUGUCAAAGAACUGUCAGAAGGAAAAAUGUGUUUUGAAAGGCAAUGUAAUGUCCACUUCAUGUGAUGAAAUGUUCUGUACCUCUCCUUUUAAUAUUAAUUCACUUGUAAAUAACUAUUCAAUGAGACGUAUUUCCACAAGAAAUGGAAAUGAUAAAAUUCACAUACUUAGUAAUGGCCCCAUAAGUUCUAAAAACAGAUUUGUGACCACUGUUUAUACAAUAUAAUAGCAUUUCAUCCUACGUGUUUCAGCAAAUGGCAUUCCCUCAACUUGUUUACAGUAGAUUGUGUCGUUUGACCCAUAUUUAAUGCUUGUGGCACUGUCAAACCAAAAUGAAAACAAUGGUAAUUGACUAAAUAAAAUAUCCCUUUUUAAAUAAGUCAUACUGUUUAAAGGUAGCUGUUCUAAGUGAAGCUGUAACCUUCAUUUUUAAACUGAAUCUAAAAUUGGUACAUUUUAUUCACAGGCAAAUUACAAUAUAAUGUGCAUUUCCCAAAUUUGUCACAGAACAUGUAGUAUUUUACACAGAUGAAUUGUUGUUUAUAUUAUUUGUAUUAAUUUUGUUGGUGAUUUCUGUUGACUUUCUAGAAGUAGGGGGAAAUAUUUCUGGGGUAAUGGUCACUUUAUAUUCAUGGCAUACAGUCUGACAUUGUAGACAAUCUUGGGAGAUAAAACAUGUCACAUUUUCUUCAUCCAUGUUGGUCUGAUUCUUAUGCUCCUGUAUUGUUCUUAUUUAUUUAGCAGUUUUCUGUGGGGUUUUUUUUGUUUUGUUUUGUUUUUUUAAGACCUUACUAAUCAAAUUGUAAAUACUCUAAAUCGAGAAAAGAAUUAAUCAUGGCAUUAGUGACUUGCGAUUGUAAAACCAGCAAUAAAUUACAAUGCAGAGGCACCUGUUUUAAUGUAUAGCUAGUAUUUCUAAGGUUUCUCUGGAAACAGCCACAGUGAAAUGAUGAUUGAUAUGCAUUUAUCCAACAUUCCAGAUUUUGUACAUAAUUACCUGUUUCUGAAGUAACCUGUGGAAAAUAAAACUAAUGCUCUUUAACUGGA